GGUUUGGAGGAGCACAUCUAGGCCUACAUCUGAGUCUACAUGUCGUGGCCGUGGUAGGGUGUGUCAAUUGGUGUGUGUGUUCUCCUGUCCGCGUUUCAAGCAUGUUGUCCUGCGAGAUUACCGGCGCGGCUAUAGUGUGAACGACACAUAUUGUCACGCCGCCUCGGCUGACUACUUCUUACAUUGUACAUCUAGAUGUCAGCGUGCGGCGCAAAACGAGCUGCUGCGUCCUUUUGGUGCAACUGCGGUCUCUCCAUAGAAACUUCAAAGCAGCGCAAAAGUAAUAGUUUGGCACACAGAAUCGUUCGUGCUACGGAGACGGCUCGUACAUCUCUACAGAGACUGUCGGCCUCUUCAGGCGAUCGAAAAACCUUGGCAACAUGUGACUAUUUUGCAGCAUUGAUUUUCGCGCACGCACCAAAUGAAUUCAUCAUAUGCAUUGAAGAUAUGAUCGAGGACUCCCUCACAGAAGUGCAUGAUUCAUUUUUCAGUGGCGACGAUCUCUCAGACUUGGGCUCUGCUAUGCAACCUAUUUCAUCUAAAGUUUUUGUAUCGUUCUGGAACAGUAUACAAGAACUUCAGUGGUGUCAUUUUUUUGAUGAGACCGUGCACAAGGUUUUUUAUCGCGGUAUAGAGCGCUGCGUAUUUGGGCUAUGUUCUGCUAAGUACGAUUCUCCAAUGACAGAAAUUCUUGAUCGUUGGAAAGAAUUAGUGCUAUUACCUUGGUUGCGUGUGAUAGAAGGCAGGCGUCUUGAAGGUCAAUGCAAAUGCGCGAAAGGACGUGGUAUCGAAUCGCUUACGGGCUUGGUCAAUCUAGUUAUUGACGAGAACUAUGUUCGGGCUCGUAUUAAUGAGCUCUAUGAUAUCAUUGCUGACUUUCCAGAAUCAAUGUGUGCCGUGAAUGAGCUGCGAGCUACCCUUUCGCGCACGCAGCAACACCAGCUCCUAGCGCGCUCUCUUCGUUCGACAUUGCAACGAAGGCUCCUGCAUUCUGGCGCUAACUCCUCUCAGAUCAUAGAUGUCUACAUUUCCACAAUCAAAGUGUUGCGCAUCCUAGACCCUCGUGAUAUUUUACUUGAUGUUGUGGCUCGCCCUGUAAGGGUAUAUCUGCAGCGUCGAAAGGACACGGUUCGCUGUAUAGUGGCAAACCUCACGGAUGAAUUAUCGGGGGAGCUUUAUGAGGAGUUGCAUCGAAUAGAUGCACCUCAAGUGGAUUAUGUCGGUGACUCCGAAGAUGAAAUUGCAGAGGCAGGUAUUGACUGGGCCCCAAGAUCAAAUAAAUCGCGCCUUGCUAAUUCUAGCUCAGUGGGAGAUAUUCUCUCGAUGCUUAUUUCUAUCUACGGAACUAAAGAGAUUUUUGUGAACGAGUACCGCUUCAUGCUCGCCGACAAGUUAAUUGCUAAAACAGGGUUGUACGAAACAGCGAGGGAAUUGAAAAAUUUAGAAUUGUUGAAGUUCCGGUUUGGUGAUGCGUCGCUUCAUCACUGUGAAAUUAUGUUGCGCGAUGUUGAGGACUCAAAGAGGCUAAACAAGCACGUCUCGAGCGAGUUCCUUCAGGCUACAGUUGUUUCACAAGUGUUUUGGCCGCCUCUCUCUGACGAUGUAAUCACGAUCCAUCCGCGCAUGGCAGGGCAAGUAGAUUUGUCGCUUCGAUCAUUUGCAGAGAUGUACAAUGCCUUGAAAGCCCCUCGCAAGCUAGUUUGGAAGAAACAGGUUGGCUUGGCUCGACUCAAGCUUGACUUCGAUGCUGGAAUUAGUAAGGUUUUUGACGUCUCUCUGAUUCAUGCAACAAUUAUCAUGCAUUUCCACGACUGUGAUAUGAACACCCUACAAGAUCUUGUAGCUGCAACUAGCAUCCCAGAGAGCUUGAUGCAGAAAAAAAUUGCUUUUUGGAUUAAUCAUGGUGUCAUUGAAGAGAUAGCUCCCCGUGUGUAUGCAAUUUCUUCACAAUAUUUCAAUACAGACUUAUCAAAUUUCAAUCCAGCGACUCUUGAUGAGGAACAUUUAUACACCAGCACUCAUUCCGCCCGCAGCGUCCCCGACGAUCAUGGUCUAUGUAGCCAGUAUAUACUUGGCUUGCUCACAAAUCUCGGUCUGCUUCCCUUUCUUCGAAUACACGACUUGCUCAGGGUUCUCAUGAGCCGGGACAAUAUCUCCUCUCGUCGUCUAUCAAGGGUUCUAGAGCAAAUGUGCAUACGUCAUGAAAUCGAAUACUCUCGUGGCCUGUACAAGCUCACUCGGAGGGACAGCGCCUAAUGCCAAUGCUCGAAAACAUACCACAGCGCAGGGAAGCGAUUGGAUCUGAAGUAAGGGGUACUUAAACAUUAAGCCUCGGCUCGGUUCCUUUGAAUUCAUAAGGUCAUUCAAGUGCGGAGUCUACUCAAGUGGAGAUGCGCGGCCAGCAAAGUUCCGGUCGCCCGGGCGGGAAACCCAACGGGGCGGAGUUCGCGGCUUGCCCGCCCCCCCAGGCAGUGGUGUUUCCAACUUGGCGACGCAGAAUAAUUACCAAGCUAAAGGCCUAUAGAACUAGCCUAGCUGAAGUCAGGGUCGGAAUCGAGCUCCAAGGUCACUUUCGGACGGCUCAGCAGCCCCGAAAAGAAUCUCCUAGAAGGUAACUUACCGUCCGAUGUCGCGGAUGUCGGGCCCGAUGAACGUGUCGUCCGUCUUCGGCCAGUCGUCGGCGUCAUCGUCGCUGUCGUAUGUGUCUGCCGCCGGCGGCGCAGGCGGGCCGACCGCAGGGUCGGGUGGGACAGUGACGGUCAUGGAUGUCUCGUCGAGGGUCCCGUGCGGCGGCCCGAUGUACCGGUAGGAUCGCACGCGGCGGGUCGCCCGUCCGACGCGCACGUGUAUCGCACUGAUCCCGCCACGGAAGUCGGGACCGACGUACCGCGCAGGCGUACUGCGCGUGGCAAACCGGCCGUUUGGCGAGGUAUUGUACGCCGCCACGUGGCUGUAGAACGGCAUCGCCCACGAUAUGUCGGGCCGCGUGCCGAAGAGUAUGCUGUGCGCGCUGCCAUUCUUGCCGGCGGCGCAGUUGGCCUUGGCAAUGAAGUCCUGGGCACACAGCUCCCAGAGGUUUUCGGGCGCCUUCGCUGCAGCAAGCGCCGGGCGCACGCCUUCGUAGAUGCGCCUGUGUGCGAUCUCGGCGGCAUCGACGUGGACCUCCGAGACGCGCGGACGUGGCGCGAUACCAAGGUCGGCGUACAUGGUGAGGCGUAGGGCUUCUCGAAGUCCGCGAUGCUCUCGGCGAACUGGGCCGGCGCGCGGCCCUUGCUGACGUCGAUGCCCUUCAUGAUCGAGUCCCGCAGGUCGACUUUCGGGAUCUCGUGGCCGUGGGCCUGUUUGUAGGCGCGUUUGAGCGCGUCCACGGCGAGGCAGAAGUGUUCCACGGACCCUUGGCUGUUGAGGUUGGGCUCUUGCAUCAUCCGCUUGACGUCAAGUUGACGUACAUCGUCCUUCACGAUGGCGAAGGCCGCGACGAUCUCGGCGAGCAUGUCCUUGUUCGUGUCGCCGGUGCUGUCCAUGAUCAGAUCUAAUAGCGCUCCCUCGCUGUAGUUGCGGAUGUAAUACCGCAGGGUCACGUCGCACAUGUCCAUCUCGCUCUUGGUCAUUUAAAUUCGCGCUUCG